CUCAUUAUUGCUCAGGUUUAAAACGGACAAAUCUUUCCCUCUAUCCUUCCUGCUAAAUUUAAUAACGAUAAAUCAUAAUUAUUCGUAACUCCGGCACAAAAUUAGAUCACCAAUUAAAUAAUUUUGACCUAUUAUCUUUCAAGAUGGAAAAACAGUGCAAACAAAUCCACGACUUAGUGGAUGACAAUUGGAAAAAGUUGGACGAGAUCUGGCGAAAAAUAGGACAUGAUACGGGGUCAAUACAAAAGAGAAAAACGGCUGUCUAUAAGCAUACACAGCAACUAUUUGGAGAGAUGUUGGAGGAGGAGGGCGAAAAGCUGAGUGAAUGUCAAAAGAAGUUGGAAAAUCUAUAUGAGGAAAUCCUACAACUUCUGAAAGAUUUGACGAUGGAUCCAUCCAUUGGUGUGGAGGCCAAGGCGAAAUCGCACAAUAAAACUUUGCUGGAACAGGAGAAAGUUUAUGAGAACAUAGCUGAAGAUUUAAGGAAAAAGAAGGCAAUCCGUAUGGAAAAAUAUAAUAAAGUGAAUGAUCAAGUUGUCCUUAUUUGCGAGGAAAUGGACGAGGAUAUUUUCAAAAUCAGUUUUGAAGGGAUUCCGUCCGAUGCUCAGGUUCAUCAACUUGAACACAAAUUGACUCACUUCCAUAAAGAAAAGCUUCGACGACAAAUCUUAUUUAAAAAGUUGAAGGCCAUCAUCAACACUUUGUUCCAAUGUUUGGAGCGAAUCCCCAAAAAUGAAUUUGAACGUGUUAUCUCAUCCGAAGAGGUCAAGAACACAGAUAUAAAAAUCCUGAGUUUGACAACACUUCAUAGAAUGGAGGAACUGGAGGCUACAAUGCAUCAGGAGUUAACCACUGAUCGGAAUGAGGCGGACCGUCUUUGGCAAAAAAUUCGAGAGUUGUGGUCUCGUCUUAAAGUGGGAGAAGAGCUCCAAUUUGCAUUUGAGAAGGUGCACAGUGGGAUCCAGUGUCAAAUUGGGGAUAAGAAGGAAAUGGUCUUUAAACCUGUAAUUCUUCAAGGGCUUCGAAGUGAACUCAAACACUUGGAAGAAGAAAAGAAGAGGAACAUUGCUCUCUUUGUUGGACAAGUACGGGAAGAACUGACGGCACUGUGGAAAACCAAAUGCUUCAUGGAAGAUACGCAAUUCAGAUUUUUUAGUCCAACCUUUGCAAGUUUGACUGAUUUCACCGAAACUGACUUUGCAUCAGAGAUGUACACAGAAGAACUUCUCGAUGUGCAUGAACGCGAAGUUGAGUAUUGGCGAGUGUUUGUGGAAAGAAAUAAGAAAAUGAUUGAUGGGGUCAUUAAAAGAGAACAAAUGUUCUCCCAAUAUCGUGAACUCGACCAGAAAUCCGAUGAUCCAGCCAGACUGUCCAACAGGGGCGGAGCUUUACUUCGAGAGGAAAAAGAGAGAAAAAUGUUGGAGAAAGCCAUCCCAAAGCUGGAGAACGAAUUGAAGCAAUUGAGUUCAAAAUUCAGCCAAGACAGAGAUUGCGGCCAUGGUAUGACAUCAUUUCUUGUGUACGGGCAAGAUAUCGCAGAUUUGAUAGAAGCAGAUUGGAAAUCAUUCCAUGAAGAAAAGGAGAAGAGGAAAGAAAUGAGAAAGAAGGAGACUGGGGUCAACAAGACAAUGAUGGCGGCCCAAACUGGAUUUAGAGCUCCGAAACGUCCUGGUACUCCCAGUGGCAUGUCGACGCCUAAAAGGGCAAAGGUUCCGCCGUCAACUCCAACAUCUGGGAGGACGUUUGCGACCCCAAUAUCUUCCUCAAGCUCGCGGAAUGGUCCAGCAAAAUUGAUUGUCCCCAAUAGGCCAGUAAUUACGGCCAAACCGCCUUCAGGAGCAAAGGGUUUCUCGAAUAAAUAUUAUGCUUCAUCAAUGAACCAAACUUCACUACAUCAACGUCCCGCUGGUACGAACAACUCCAUUUACUCGGCUGCUCGUAGAUUGGUUCGAAAAAGUUUAGGACGGAAUAAGAAGGGCUCGUCCAAGUUAGGAUCGUCCUUAAUGUCCGCGUCCAAUUCAUCAUGUGCCAGCAGCGUUUUUAUUUUAGCGAAAAAGAAAGAAAUGUCGUCAGAGUCCGAAGCACAAGUAUUAGAGGACUCUUGGGGCCCAGUAGCUAAUAAUGAGAAAAAUCCCAUGAACUCAUUUGGAUACAUCAAUAACAAUAAUCCAGGAGCGAAUAAGUUGGCAGUAUCUUUUGCCGCACAGGAUCAAAAUACGGACGGUAACUUUGCCCGGCCUGAGACAAGGUCACGCCCCCCUCCUUCUUCAUCUGCAAAGAAAAUUAUUGGGAGCAAGAUUCCUAGCUGCAACACCAAAAAAGCUACUAAAGAACAGGUCAAUCCAAUCCCUCCCAUCACUGGCCAUGUCGUGUCCCCGUCAACUUCUUACACCGACUUUGCAAAUCCUCUACUCUGUCAAUCAACUCUAAAUUCUUCAGCUUUUUCUACCGUCUCAAAAACACGAAAACCUCUCAUCGACAUGCCGGGUGAACACGUUGAUCCCUCUCCAAUCUCGUCAGUUCCCACCAAACCGGAGAGAUUUAUCAAUAAGGUCGUCCCCUCGAGUAGAGCCGUGGCAGACCCAGAAGAGGAAUGGAAUUAAAAUCAAGAAAUGCACACAAAAUCAGUACAGGUGUGACGCAUUAUAAACUACGUGAAGCAUUGUAUAUAUUCCUAUCUCUGCUCAUAAGCUUUGCAACAUAUAUAUAUAUAUAAUUCCCUUUGUCCUUUCAUGUUUAGUAAUUUUUUUACAUUCGUUCGUAUAUUAAAUACCGUGCUUAAAACUAAAGUAAACUUUUAUAAUAACGUCUUAAACUAUUAAUCAGUAAUUUUUUACCAAUAUGAAUAAUUGUGAAUGAUUUUAUAUAGAUACAAAAAUUACAUAGGAAAAAUAAUAUAAACUUUGAGACUACAUUUUUAGCCCGAGUCAGGGUUGAUUACUUAAUAAAAUUUAUGCUAUUUUGAACAAUAUACA